AGGAGGGGCCCUCAGAUCCCUGCUGCCACCUCCUAGGAUAGAGUCCUACGGAGCCCCUAUGCUGCCCCUGCCCUGGCUGAACUCCCAGCCUCCCCACUGUACUGAAGCCCACAGCCACAAAGCAGCCUCCUCUCCCUAGACUCCUCUGGGCCCCAAAGGAACUAGGCAGAGCUUUUCAGAACCAUGGUUGGACUAAAGCCUACAGAAGUGCCUCCCACAACAGCCGUGAAGUUCCUGGGGGCAGGCACGGCAGCCUGUUUUGCUGACCUCCUCACCUUUCCACUGGACACAGCCAAGGUCCGCCUACAGAUCCAAGGGGAGAACCGGCCAGCCCAGGCAGCCCUGGGCGUGCAGUACCGUGGUGUGCUGGGCACCAUCCUGACCAUGGUGCGCACUGAGGGCCUCCGCAGCCCCUACAACGGGUUGGUCGCCGGCCUGCAGCGCCAAAUGAGCUUUGCCUCCAUCCGCAUCGGCCUCUAUGACUCUGUCAAGCAGUUCUAUACACCCAAAGGAGUGGAACACUCCAGCGUCACUACCCGGAUUUUGGCGGGUUGCACCACAGGGGCCAUGGCAGUAACCUGCGCCCAACCCACGGAUGUGGUGAAGAUCCGAUUUCAAGCCAGUGUGCACCUCGGGCCCAGGAGUGACAGGAAAUAUGGUGGAACUAUGGAUGCCUACAGAACCAUCGCCAGGGAGGAGGGGCUCAGGGGCCUGUGGAAAGGAACUUUCCCCAACAUCACAAGGAAUGCCAUUGUCAACUGUGCUGAGAUGGUGACCUACGACAUCAUCAAGGAGAAGCUGCUGGACUAUCGCCUAUUCACAGACAACUUCCCCUGCCACUUUGUCUCUGCCUUUGGAGCUGGCUUCUGUGCCACAUUGGUGGCCUCCCCAGUGGAUGUGGUGAAGACCCGGUAUAUGAACUCCCCACCAGGCCAGUACCUCAGCCCCCUGGACUGUAUGCUAAAGUUGGUAGCCCAGGAGGGCCCCACAGCCUUCUAUAAGGGAUUUACACCCUCCUUCUUGCGUUUGGGAUCCUGGAAUGUGAUGAUGUUCGUAACCUAUGAGCAGCUGAAACGGGCCUUGAUGAAAGUCCAGAUUUUACGAGAAUCUCCUUUUUGAACAAGAUAAGAAAGCAACUGGUACUUAACUUGCUUGAAACCAGUUAAGAAUGGAAUAGAACAGUGGAUCCACCUACAUGUGGACACAGACUACACAUGUUUACAGAACUGUUUACUUGUUGCUGAUUCAGGAAAC